GGAAUGUUUCCAUUAACUUCGUCGUCAAGACUCGAAACUACGCAUACCCUCCACUAACCUGGAACUAGGGUUUCGGCGGUUUAUGCAUCCGUCGAGAAACCAGAGAGACCUCUUCGCAGCUCGAAAUACCAGAUACUGAGGUCCGUUUCACUAGCUUCAAUGGUGGGUUCAGAUGGGAAUGCGAGUUCAUUCUUUCAGAGUAUCGUUCGUGUUGUCGUGGUCGGAGACCAUGGAACUGGAAAGUCGAGUCUAAUUAAUACAGCUGCGGCCGAGGCGUUUCCUACCAGUAUUCCGCCUGUAUUGCCUCCUACGCGCCUUCCGAUCGAUUAUUUUCCCGACCGUGUCCCGGUUGUGAUCUUUGAUACUUCAUCCAGCCUGGAGAAUCGAAAUAAGCUUGUGGAAGAAUUAAAGAAGGCUGAUUCUGUGGUACUGACUUAUGCAUGCGAUGAUCCUGCAACGCUUGAUCGGCUGAGUACCUUUUGGCUGCCAGAACUUCGUAGACUAGAGGUGAAGGUGCCGGUUAUUGUGGUUGGUUGUAAGCUGGAUUUACGAGACGAACAACCGGUGAGCUUGGAACAAGUGAUGUUACCAAUCAUGCAGCAGUUUAGAGAGAUUGAAACUUGUAUAGAAUGUUCGGCUCUUAACUUAAUCCAGGUCCCAGAGGUUUUCUAUUAUGCUCAAAAGGCAGUUCUGCACCCGACAGGCCCACUAUUUGAUCAAGAAACACAGGCUUUGAAGCCCCGAUGUGUUAGGGCAUUGAAGCGGAUAUUUAUUCUAUGUGACAAUGACAAGGAUGGUGCUCUCAGUGAUGCAGAAUUAAAUGAUUUCCAGGUUAAAUGUUUUAAUGCUCCACUUCAGCCAUCUGAAAUAGUUGGGGUUAAGAGGGUUGUACAGGAGAAACUGCCUGACGGGGUCAACAGUCAUGGUCUCACCUUGACCGGAUUUCUUUUCCUUCAUGCACUAUUUAUAGAAAAAGGUCGUCUUGAGACAACAUGGACUGUCUUGAGAAAAUUCGGAUAUGAUAAUGAUCUUAAACUCAGGGAUGAUCUACUUCCAGUUCCAAUAAAACAGUGUCCUGAUCAGAGUGUGGAGCUGACAAAUGAAGCUGUGGAGUUCCUGAGUCGAAUCUUCGACUUGUUUGACCUUGACGGUGAUGGGGCCCUACGAACUUUUGACCUUGAUGAUCUUUUUUCUACUGCACCAGAAAGUCCUUGGCGAGAAGCUCCUUAUAAAGAGGCUGCGGAGAAGACUGCGUUGGGUGGUUUAUCACUUGAUGGAUUUCUGUCAUUGUGGGCCCUCAUGACACUGCUGGACCCAGCUCGUAGUCUGUCAAAUUUAAUAUGCAUUGGUUAUGCUGGUGAUCCUGCAUCAGCAAUCCGUGUAACUAGAAAAAGACGGAUAGAUCGCAAGAAGCAACAAUCAGAAAGAAAUGUGUACCAGUGCUUUGUCUUCGGACCUGAAAAUGGUGGAAAGUCUGCACUUUUGAAUUCAUUUAUUGGAAGGCCCUUCCCUGAAAUUUAUACUUCAACGACUAAUGAGCACUUUGCAGUUAAUGUUGUUGAUCCACUAGGGGGAUCUAAGAAAACACUUAUCUUGCGAGAGAUACCAGAAGGAGGAGUUAAAAAUCUGCUGUCUAAUAAGGAGUCUUUGGCAGCCUGUGACAUAGCAGUAUUUGUUCAUGACAGUUCUGAUGAAAGUUCAUGGAAGAGGGCAACUGAAUUGCUUGUGGAGGUUGCCAGUCAUGGAGAGGCUAGUGGCUUUGAGGUUCCUUGCCUCAUUGUUGCGGCCAAGGACGAUCUUGAUCCUUAUCCGAUGGCCAUACACGAUUCUACAAGGGUUAGUCAGGAUAUGGGAAUUGAAGCCCCUAUUACUGUGAGCAUUAAAUUAGGAGAUUAUAAUAGUAUAUUCCAAAGGAUAAUCAAUGCAGCAAAGCACCCUCAUUUGAGCAUUCCUGAAACAGAAGCUGGAAGAAACCGCAAGCAUUACCAUCAACUUGUUAAUCGUUCUCUUAUGUUUGUUUCAGUUGGGGCGGCAGUUGCUCUUGUUGGAUUGGCUGCAUACCGUGUUUAUGGUUCAAGGAAGAAUAGCUCUGGUUAACAGGUUGGUGGUUACUUGCCAAACAGCGUCUUGGGUAGUGCCAUGUCAACAAGUAUUAUCAUCAUUUGGUUGUAGAUCAGUCUCCUUCAAGUUUGGAGUUCUUAAGAUGAUAAUUCUGUACAGUGCCUCUGCAAAGGUUUUUUCGGGUGCAGGCCUCUUCUGUUAUCCUCAGCAAUUUUAAUUUGAAAUUUAUUUUCCCGGGCAUAUACUAUUCUGUCUUUAGAAUUUGUCAGUCCUCCUUGCAGGGUUUUAUAAAUUUCCCUGAGCCUGAUCUGUAGAGUAGGCCAAUUUAGAAAUGGUUUUUGUAGAACAAUUACUUUAAAGUCUAGCUAUGGAGCUUAUGCCAUCCCCCUAAUUGUAUACCACAAUAAUGAUAUCCAAAAUUUUAUCUAAAUUUAAUGGGGUCGUUUACAUGGA